CAGCCUCUCUUGCUCUCUGGUCAGUGCAGCAAAGGCGCUUCUUGGACACCAAAGAAACGGAAAGGAGGGGGGAGAGACAGGGAUGACGAAGGAGGAGAUGGCGGAGCACCCGCCGGCGAAGGAUUACCACGACCCCCCGCCGGCGCCGCUGCUGGGCCUUGGAGAGCUCAAGCUAUGGUCAUUCUAUCGGGCCGUCAUCGCCGAGUUCAUCGCCACACUGCUGUUCCUCUACGUCACCGUGGCCACCAUCAUCGGCUACAAGGCCCAGUCUCAGAACGACGAGUGCGGCGGCGUCGGCAUCCUCGGCAUCGCCUGGGCCUUCGGCGGCAUGAUCUUUGUCCUCGUCUACUGCACCGCCGGCAUCUCUGGUGGGCACAUAAACCCGGCCGUAACAUUCGGCCUGUUUCUGGCGCGGAAGGUGUCGCUGCUGCGCGCGGUGUUCUACAUGGUGGCGCAGUGCAUGGGGGCCAUAUGCGGCGUCGGAAUCGUGAAGGGCAUCACGAAACACCAGUUCAACAGGUUCGGCGGCGGGGCUAAUGUGGUGGCUCCAGGCUACUCCGAGGGCACCGCGCUCGGCGCCGAGAUCAUCGGCACCUUCUUGCUCGUCUACACCGUCUUCGCCGCCACCGACCCCAAGCGCCGCGCUCGCGACUCCCACGUCCCGGUGUUGGCUCCUCUGCCCAUCGGGUUUGCUGUGUUCAUGGUUCACUUGGCCACCAUUCCCAUAACUGGCACGGGCAUCAACCCCGCUAGGAGCUUCGGACCCGCCGUCAUUUACAACCGGCACAAGCCCUGGCAUGAUCACUGGAUCUUCUGGGUGGGUCCUUUCGUCGGAGCACUGGCGGCGGAGGUAUACCACCAGCACGUGUUGAGGGCGGCGAACGUCAAGACUUUGGGGUCGUUCAGGAGCAGCCGGAGCAACUGUUAGUGUGUGAAACUAAAAGAGCAGCACUGUUGGUGUGUGAAGGUGGUCUGAAGCCUGCGACAUGGAUUGCUUGUGGAGUUUCUCUUUCCUUUGGGUUUCUUUUUCCUCACUGUUCUCCUGUGGACUCUUCGAUUUAUUGUCCAAACUAGCUUUGUGAUGGGUGACAUGAUGUUUCCCUGUUUGGUUUGCCCGUGGAGGGGACUGUCGUCCUGCUUAGGAGCACCGUUCAAAUAUAUCUUGACGAUGAAGGUGUCUUCUGGCAUUCCCCAGAGACUAA